AUGUCCGCUCUGAUGUAUGCGGUGGAACACGCCGAGCAUGCCAUUCUCAGCCAUCUCCUGGCUGAUAGACGCGUGGAUGUCAGCAUUGAAGACCGCCUUGAACAAAAAGAUGCCUUGCAUCUCGCCAUUGAAAAGGAGGACCACAUUUCAGUGCAAAUACUGGCCCGGAGCCAUCACUUGGAUGUCAACAGAGUUGGCGUCCACGGGGAUACAGCGCUCCUCCUCGCGAUCAAAGCCAUCAAGGGAAGAUCGUCUCUUCGAAUCGUGGAAGCAGACGAUUCGGUUACGGUAUCUGUGUAG